AUCGAUCCCCUCCCUCUCCCUUCAUUUAUUGUCCCGAAAGAAUUGUCCAGGAUGCGUGCAUUUCCCUGUAAAUAAAGAGAGCAGUGCCUAGGAUCCAUUUUUGCGUCCGCUAUGCACUUUGGCAGUUGUAUGGGGUUUUCAGCGCACCCAUCAAUCUCCCAUCCCAUCCAUAUACCAUUUCCAUACAGCGGUCGUUCGUCAUUAUCAUUGAUACUUGAGGAUAAUGGGAUCUGACAUCGAAAAAGCCCGUAAGGGACGGGAACACUCCCACUUCGAACCGCGGGCAAACCACUCGUCGGCAUUCUCGUCGGGCAGAAUGUUUAUCCGUGAAGACGAAGUCAAAGAGGAAGGUGAUGAAUCGACGAUCAACUCACACAUGCUGAAUCAAUGCACGAAUACCCAUUUGCAUUUACAGACGCAUUUGGCGAACGCGCAUGCCAAACCUCAGAGCAAAUUUAACCUCAUAUUAGAUCUUCGCCGUCGAAUCACGAAAUGUAUUCGGAUCAUCAGAUCCUGGGAGGAGACUAGAGGUAUUGAUCCAAUACCGCUUAAUGAGCGUCGGGGGGUUGGAAAUCAGAACAAUGGCAAUGGCGAUGGUAAUCGCCCUGGCCAUGGCAACGAUGGCGGCAGCAACAACAGCAGCAACGGUGAUGAUGGCAUGAACAUCCCCUUCCAGAUGAUGCUGCUCUGGUUCAGCAUGACACUUGCAACGAAUAAUAUCAUCAUCGGUUCACUUGGGACGUUGGUAUUUCAGUUGGGAUUUGCAGAGGCUGCAUUGUGUGCGGUUUUUGGGACCAUCUUGGGUGGGAUUGGGGUUGGAUAUAUGAGUAUUUGGGGACCCAAGAGUGGAAGUCGGACUUUGAUCGUGACACGGUUUUUCAUGGGAUACUACCCCAGCAAGAUCUGUGCUUUGCUCAAUAUUCUCACUAAUCUGGGGUAUUCGAUGCUAAAUUGCAUUCUAGGAGGUCAGCUUCUUUCCAAGGUCUCUGGGGGGAAUGUCUCUGUUGUCAUUGGGAUUAUACUUGUUGCUGUUGCAAGUUGGAUCCUUGCUACUUUUGGAAUACGAUUGUUCCAGUUUUAUGAGCGAUACUCCUGGCUCCCUCAAUUGAUAGUCCUGAGCAUCAUAACGGGGUCAUCCGUCUCCCUCUUCAACUUCAACAAGCCCCUCCCUCGCCCCCAGCCACCAGGAACCCUGAAUGCAAGAUGCCUAACGUUCUUCUCCCUCUGCCUGUCCGCCAGUCUCGCCUGGGCCCCCAUCGCCGCCGACUACUAUGUCUACUACCCACCCAGCAUCAGCACAUGGAAGACCUUUCUCAUGACCCUCCUGGGCCAAACACAAGCCAUGAUCGCCACGCUAACUCUAGGCAUCGGCCUGGGAACAGUGAUCUCCUCCAACGAAUCCUGGAAACUACACUACGACUCCACGCCGGGCUCACUCCUGAUGGCCGCCUACAACAGUCUAGGUGGUGUGGUAGGCAAAUUCUGCGCCAUCCUCAACGUCGUCGGCGUGAUAUCCAACAACGCCCCGGGGGCAUACUCGAUGGGAUUGAAUUUCCAGAUGCUCGGCCGUCGGUGGGAUCGGGUUCCUCGGAGCGUGUUUGCGUUCGGUACUACGGUCGCUUAUACGGCUUGUGCGUUGGGGGGGAGGGGUGUGCUGUAUGAGGUUUUUAAGAACUUUUUGCCCUUGAUUGGGUAUUGGGUUGUUGUGUGGAUUGUCGUCGUUGUGGAGGAGGAUGUGCUGUUUCGGCGUCCUUGGUCGUGCCGAUAUCGACUUCGAUUUCGAUCUGGUGGAGAUGGACAUUGGCACUUUCAGCAAGACAGAAAUAAUGUACAGCAUGAUAACCGCGACUACGACUAUGACUGGUCUUCCUGGAACCAGAAAGACAAACUCCCUGUCGGAGUCGCUGCGACUCUAGCCUUUCUCGCUGGCUGGGUCGGUGCUAUUGUUGGGAUGGUGUGUCCUUUAUAUUUAUCAUUUCUAUAUAUCCUAUUUUUCUGUAUCUGACUGCAUAUUGACGUAACAGGACCAAAUCUACUACGCCGGUCCCAUUGCCCGCUCCAUCCCCGGAGGCUGCGAUCUGGGCAUCUGGUUCAGUGCGGGUUUCACGGCUGUUACUUUUCCGCCGCUGCGAGCCCUGGAACUGAUGCUUAUUGGGAGGUAGAGAUUGUACUUUUACCUAUCUAUUUACUAGGUUGUUGGUUUCCUGGAGAUACUCUGUAAGUUCCUAGCUAGUCAAUAGUUCAAAAGAUAUCUUCGCGGAGCUACUAAUCCGUUCCAUUCCAUUAUUCCGCUCAGAUUUAAGGCAUUAUUCAAAGGCCAUAUUUUCCACUCCACAGUGCCAUAGUCAUACAAAUUUAAUAAUAUAAUAAUUCCA